CCUGUCUAGAUGUCUUGAUAUUGUAUAGUAUAUACACACAUACAUACAUACACAUAUAUAUAUAUAUAUCACCUCUGUUCUUCCGUUCUUCCGUUGAUAAGAGUCGUCCUGUUGUACCCUAUCCCGCAGCAAGUCGCCAAUGCCAGAAUCCAAACUCAGGGGAAAGCUUAAGCGCCUCCUAAGUCAUUCUUCGAAUUCUCCCAAGACCGAAGCACCAUCCCCAAAAACACCCACAACCAACGGCAGCACCAACCUUAGCAGUACCAAGCCCGAGAUCAAGACAGACAACAUGUCUCUCCCCAAGACCUACAAGCAGGCUGUGUUCAAGGCUCAGGGUCAGCCUUUGACCAUCGAGCAGACCGAAUUAAAGCUUCCGAGCAAGGGGGAGAUCCUCGUGAAGGUUGACGCUUGUGGCGUGUGCUACUCCGAUAUGUACGCUCAAUACAAUGGGAUGGGCGGAGGAUUCCCUCUUGUUCCUGGCCACGAGAUCAUCGGAAAGGUCGCCGCCGUUGGCGAGGGCGUGACCGGCUGGAAAGAGGGUGACCGCAUCGGUUCCGGCUGGCAUGGCGGCCACGACGGCACCUGCAGGGCUUGCAAGCAAGGGUAUUUCCAGAUGUGCGACGCGCCUAUCAUCAACGGGGAGAACAAGAACGGCGGCUACGCAGAGUACUGUCUGAUCCGGUCCGAGUCGGCCAUCCCGAUUCCCGCCAACGUUGACGCGGCGAAGACGGCGCCCCUCGUCUGCGCCGGCGUCACCGUGUUCAACUCGAUACGCAACAUGGGCCUCAAGCCGGGCGCGACGGUAGCGGUGCAGGGCCUAGGUGGGCUCGGCCAUCUCGCGAUCCAGUACGCGAGGCAGAUGGGCUACCACGUCAUCGCAAUCUCGCGCGGGGCGGACAAGGAGAGGGCGGCGCGCGAGCUGGGAGCGGCCGAGUACAUCGACGCGUCCAAGGGCGACCCGGGCGAGGCGCUCAAGAACCUGGGCGGCGCGUCGCUCAUCGUGAGCACGGCCCGGACGGCCGAGGCCAUCACGCCGCUGCUCAAGGGCGCGGGCAUCCUCGGCAAGCUGCUCAUCCUCAGCGUCCCCGGCGAGGUCCCCGUCGACACCUUCGUCAUGCUCAAGUACGGCGUCUCGGUCCAGUGCUGGCCCGGCGGUCACUCGGGCGACUCGGCCGAGGCCAUCGCCUUUGCCAACAGCCACAACAUCGAGACCGUCGUGCAGGAAUUCCCUCUAGACAAGGCCCAAGAAGCCUACGAUGCCAUGUUGAGCGGCAACGUUCGCUUCCGAGCCGUCAUUACCAUCUAAGGGGGCCUACGACAAAAGAAGACACUGCAUACAGUUGUGAAAAUAAGUACGGCAUGAUAUGGCGAUAGGAGUUGAGAGAUGUAGAGGUUUGUGUGUUUGUGUGUGUCGGUGUACGGGGGUAGUGUAUGGGUGAAGUGUGUUGGUGAGAUGUAGAGUAUGGAUGUGGGUGUUAUCGUGUGUCCACCUAUUUUUGUUUUCGUGUUGGGCGAGCUCGGCCAACGAGCACAAGCUCCCUUGAUCUCGCAGUUACUAGACGAAUGUCCCCCCAGAUAACGGCUCGUUUGCAGAUACCAAGUGUAAAAAGAAUCCAAAUAAAAGUUAUCUGUUCGCUAAAA